UAACACUAGCCACAAACUACAACCAUACGUUGGAUGAGAGGCUAUCCAUAAUCUCAUCCUCUCUUUCGCAUCCACCAUUUCACUCCUACCCACUUCAUUACUUGAUCACAUUAUAAUCUUUUCAGCAUCUUCUCACGUUUGUCUUUCCUGCUACAACUCCUUUGCUAGCUACCUUCUCCUCCCAUAAUCAACAUGGCUUCGGCUACUUUCUCUGUAGCCAAACCAUCUCUUCAGGCUAAUGGAAAGGGAUUUACAGAUUUCUCUGGUCUACGCAACUCUGCAAGCCUUCCCUUUUCGAGGAAAACUUCAGAGGAUUUCCUUUCAGUCAUUGCUUUCCAGACUUCUGCUGUAGGAAGCAGUGGAUACAGGAAAGCUGCAGCUGAGGCAAAGCUAAAAGUGGCAAUAAAUGGGUUUGGUAGGAUUGGGAGGAACUUCUUAAGGUGCUGGCACGGACGCAAGGAUUCCCCCUUGGACGUCAUUGCCAUCAAUGACACCGGAGGUGUCAAGCAGGCCUCCCACCUUCUCAAGUACGAUUCCACUCUUGGCAUAUUUGAUGCCGAUGUCAAACCUGUUGGUGACAAUGCCAUCUCCGUAGACGGCAAGGUCAUCAAGGUUGUCUCUAACCGCAACCCCGUCAAUCUCCCCUGGGGGGACUUGGGCAUCGAUCUUGUUAUUGAAGGAACUGGAGUGUUUGUAGACAGGGACGGUGCAGGCAAGCACAUUCAGGCAGGUGCCAAGAAGGUGCUCAUCACUGCCCCUGGCAAGGGUGACAUUCCAACCUAUGUCGUUGGAGUCAAUGCUGAUGCCUACAGCCCAGAUGAGCCCAUCAUCAGCAAUGCUUCUUGCACAACUAACUGCCUUGCCCCCUUCGUCAAGGUCCUUGACCAGAAGUUUGGUAUUAUCAAGGGAACCAUGACUACCACACAUUCAUACACUGGUGACCAAAGGCUGCUUGAUGCUAGCCACCGUGACCUCAGACGUGCAAGAGCAGCUGCACUCAACAUUGUCCCAACUUCAACUGGUGCAGCAAAGGCUGUGGCCCUUGUCCUCCCAUCUCUCAAAGGAAAACUUAAUGGCAUCGCCCUUCGUGUGCCAACACCAAAUGUCUCAGUUGUUGAUCUAGUGGUCCAGGUCUCCAAGAAAACCUUUGCAGAAGAGGUGAAUGCUGCCUUCAGAGAAAGUGCUGACAAGGAGCUAAAGGGUAUCCUUUCUGUCUGUGAUGAGCCCCUUGUUUCAGUUGACUUUAGGUGCUCUGAUGUAUCCUCAACUGUUGAUUCAUCACUCACCCUGGUAAUGGGAGAUGACAUGGUUAAGGUGAUUGCCUGGUAUGAUAAUGAGUGGGGUUACUCACAAAGGGUUGUGGAUUUGGCUGAUAUAGUUGCCAACAAGUGGAAGUGAUGAGAUUGGGUGCAAGUUGCAAUGUUGUUUUUCAUUUUUGGUUGCCUCAUUCCUUGUUCUGCUUUAGAAGUUGUAUUUUUGUCAAGAAUGUAUAACUAUAUCAUGGAACCAUUUCUCUUGUGUCAUUAUGCAAUAAAAUUCUUACUUCCACACUGAUGGAUAACGA